CAAUUCAUCUACACAAGAUGCCGAUACCAUACAAAAGGAACAAUUUAACUUAAAUGUCUUUUUGAUUUUUUUGCACUCAGAAUUUUUUUUUUCAGCGACCUUAAUUAUUAAUCUAUACUCUUCGGAAUACGCAACGGACAACGCUAAUGGAUACAGUGAUGCCAAAGACUGUUUGAUUCGUUUUUUUAAACUACAAACGUGAUUCCAUAAAAUUCUAUUUUAUUAAACCGAUUUCUUUUUUAAGUCAAACACUGUUAUCUUCUUCAAAAUAUAACAAAACUAGAUACAACGCAAUGUAUCUUUGUGAGAGAAUAAAAAAUUUCGUUAACCCUUUUGUCGUAGCGAUCAUUUUUUUUGAAUCACUUUUUUUAUUUAUUUAUAUUUAUUUAUCUUAUUCUUUUGUAUAUUAUUUAGAAAACAAUAAGAAUCAAUGUAAUACUCACUGGAAGAAUGUUCUUGCACCCAAAAAGUCGGGUUUCUUCUCUUUAUGGCUGCAUAAUGAUGAUACCGUUUUUAAUUCAACGAUUUUUCCAUUAUGCGUCUUACCAGUGUCUCUUACCUUAUUAUGUUGUACAGUUUUACUUUUUUUACAUCUGUCUCAAGCCAUUGGUAUGGGAAGCCAAAAAUGGUUCUAUGUUUUAUGGAAUUUUCAUAUGAUCGCUCUUGUUUUAUUUCUCUAUAUUAUUUUACCAAUAUUGUUUAUUCAAUUUGUUAUUCAAACAAAUUCUUUUAACUCAUAUUUCUUCAAUUUUAUUCAUUGGAUCGUCAUGAUAUUGUUAACGCUUUUUAUUUCGAUUGCUGUUCCAUUCGUUGGCGGGAAAAAAAUUUUUUUCUUAGAUUAUUCAGAUAUCAGUGCGGAUAGUCUCUUAUUGCGCUGUAGUCUGUAUGGAGUGAUACUAGCGGCAGCUUUUGGAGGCGUUGGAAUAACACAAAUUGUGUAUACUUAUUUUUCACCGUAUCAGAUAUCUCAGGAAUACACCAAAACAUUAAAGUUGUAUUAUAGUAAUAUUGAUACUAGGCUUGACAAAAUUAAAAACGAUAUUUACUCUUAUUCGGAUAUUCAAAGGACACUUACUUCAGUUUCUCACACGGAUAAAUUAAAGGAAAAGAAAAAAUUUUGGGGAAUUCUUUGUCUUGGAGUAAACAAAUCAAAAGAAGACGUUUUUUUAGAAAAUGAAGUAAAAUUAUUGGAACAAGCUAAGCAAGAAAUUCAAGAAGAAAUCGAUGAAUGCUUAGCUUUAGAAAAAGCUAAAAAACAGAAUUCUUUUUUCCCGCUUCUUUUUCAACGGUUUUUCCGUUUCCUUGUUGUUAUUUUUUGUAUUUAUCAGAUAAUGUAUACAUUCUAUAAUGCAGUGUUUCAUCGCAUUACACUGCUUGAUCCCAUCAACUCCAUCUACUCUUUUUUCAAUCAAAAUAAAGAGAUUCCAACACACCUUCUGUGGUUUGUACGCUAUGGUUCCUUUUUGAUUCUUGCCAUUGUUUAUAUCGUGACAUUUCAUCAGCUAACAUGCAGGGCUGCAGCAAUUUUCAAAAAAUUCCGCUAUAAUUUAACUGUUGAGCUUCUUGUUGUUUUGUUAACUUACAUUGUAUCCCUACAUGUUUGCGCAUAUCUUUUAUUAUUUCGUUUUUAUCUUCCGCUUCAUUUAAGAUAUUCUUCAAAAACACAACCCGCUGAUAUUUAUCGAAACAAAGAUAUUUUGUUGCAGCAUUUAUGGAAUUUUAUUUUUACACUUUCUGUUAUACUUUCAGGACUCACCUUUUUUAUUUAUCGUCAAAUAUCGAAGGAACAUGUUUUUUUGUAGUUUCCGAUAAUGUUCUACAUGAGAGAGAACUUUUUAAACCAACAAAAAGAAUUUUGUUGUGUAGAUUAACAGAAAAUUUAUGUUGGAUGUCAUUUUUUUUUUUAAGAGAAAAAAAAAACUGUAAUGAAUGUCUCAAACGUUGUUUUUCA